UUUCACACAACUCCACAACCCAACAAAUUUUGCUUCCUUCCUAAUUCCGAAGUUCCCACACACACAACAAUGCUAGAUCCAGCUACUGAAUUGGUGCCACCACCAUCUUCACCCACCAACUCAUCCAUUUCCUCCUCUGAUCUUGACACCGAGUCCACGGGAUCAUUCUUCCAUGAUAGAAGCACCACACUGGGUACUCUCAUGGGUGUGAGCUUCCCAGCCAUUGCUUUCAGAGCGCCAUCUCAGAACCAGGACCCACAUUCCGCGGCCGCCUCCGUAGCCGUGGGUGGCUCUGAGAGGACUGCCAAGUCCAAGAAGAAGGCCAACACGGUGAUCGUGGUGGCGGAGCGGCGGAGGAAGUGGUGGCGGUUGUGUAGGGAUGGCGAUGCGAGGCCCGCUUCGCUGGGUGAGUUUCUCGCGGUGGAGCGGCGGUUCGGCGACGGCGCGUUUUACGGCACGGCGGCGGAGCUUGAAGGAAUGGUGAUGGAUCCGCAGAGGAACCAUGGACGGGCGUUGUUUGCCGACGGGAGGGUUCUUCCGCCGGCGGUUGUCGACGACGGAGCAUCGACGGCGGGGAGUCUUUGUGGGAGAUUUCCGGUUUCGCUCACCGGGAUCUGUAGCGGCGGUGCUGGAUAA